UAGCAAAGUGCUUUGGGUCCGAAUCAUGUGAUCAUUUUUUGUGAAAGAAGAUGUUGAAGCCAAAAGCAUUAACUCAAGUUUUGAGUCAGGCAAAUACUGGUGGUGUACAAAGCACACUCUUGUUAAACAAUGAAGGAGCAUUAUUAGCCUAUUCUGGUUAUGGUGACAAAGAUGCUGCAGUGUCAGCUGCAAUAGCUGGUAACAUCUGGACGGCCUAUCAGAAGAGUGGAUCUGCAGCUUUUAAUGAUGAUAAAUUAAAAUUAGUUAUGUUGGAAUGUGAGACAGGAAAAGUAGCCAUAACAAAAGUUGCAAAUUUAAUUCUUUGCAUGAGUUCAAAAGAAAAUGUUGGAUUUGGAAUGUUAAAAGCAAAGGCAGAAGCAUUAGCCCUGUAUCUAGAAGAACCAUUGUCACAAGUGGCAGCAUCCUGACAGUAACUAGAUGUGGUCAUCCAUCCUUAGCUAUUGAUCACCAUAAUGUCACCAGUCUCUCCAUGGAUUUCAUAUUAACUGUCAUACUAGAUGACUAGUCAAAAACUUGUUAUAUUGCUUAUUGUUAAGUAAAAUUGUGUAAAUAAUAA